UGUACCAUUGCUUUUUCUUUAUUUUUCCAUGGAGCAUGGUCCGUUGAAUUCCAGCAUCUUCUCUUUCUCAAACUGCACAACUUCUUCACUAAGUUUAUUCUCUUCAGUGAAAGCAAUUUCCAAUCUUGAAACCUAUACAUAGCUUGGUUGAGUUCACUGCCAGAUUUAGAAGGUGCAUUCAAACAGUUGUGCAGUAUAUCUCUACCUUUCUUAUCAGUUGACAAUCAACGGCCUAAUUAAUCUGAUCUGCUACCAGAAGCAUAGAACUUUCAGUGUUCAUAUAGUCUUGAGAAAUUGCAUGAAGAAAUCUCAUGCAACAAAGUCCAUUUGAAAGCAUGGAAGAAGAAUCUGAGUACCUUAUGCUGGAAAAGGAAAAUUUUCCAUUAUUUCAUUUCAUUAUGCACCAAUUAUGAGUGAUAGAAGAUGACUACAAGUUCAAGAGAAGCAGAUUUUUCAGCAAAACUGGAAGGCGAUGAAAGCGAUGCCAGGAUCGCUAAGAAUUCAUCUACUUCAACACCAUGGCUAAGGUUAAAGGAUCCACGAAUUGUGCGUGUCUCUCGUGCUUAUGGAGGAAAAGACAGGCAUAGCAAGGUUUGCACUGUAAGAGGAUUGAGAGACAGGCGAGUGAGACUUUCUGUACCGACUGCUAUUCAAUUGUAUGAUCUUCAAGAUAGGCUUGGGCUUAAUCAGCCUAGCAAGGUUGUUGAUUGGUUGCUUAAUGCAGCUAAGCAUGAAAUCGAUGAACUCCCUCCACUCCAAAUGCCGCCUGGGAACUUUGUCCAAAGUCAUCAACCAAUGAUAACUUCUCUUGAAGUAGGUGCCUCUCAAUUCAACAAGGAAGAACUGAAGAUCAGUAAUGGUAUUGAUUGGGAAGAUCCAAGUGGAUUACCUAGAUCAAGUUUUUGGGGCUCCAAUGCAUUUCUGAGGGCUAAGUCAAAGGAAGUUCCAAGAGAAAAUGUCAAUGAAAAAGUAAAUUGGAUGAAGAGGAAUGAGGAAGGUGGACAAGUUUCAUCAAACAUAUUUCCUCCCAGAACCAAUCAAUCUUCCUUGCCAGGCUUGCUGAGCAGUUCCAUGCCUUAUGGUCCUUACUAUCAUUUGGAGCCUUCGAAUCUUUCUCUUUCCACUUUAGGAAGCCAUGGAUUGACAUCCCAAACAGAAGAUCUCCACAACUUCAGUGUUGUACCCCUGCCAUCUUCAUUGUCCCUAACAUCUGGUUCUCAAGUUUUGGUUUGUCCACCCGGAGCAACACAGUCCUAUUUUCCUCCACAUGUUCCCACUUCAAUGGAGUUUGAUCCAAGACAAAUCAACCAUUUUCAGUUGUUAAGCUCAAGUUCACAAAAUAUCUUGCCAAAUGCUCUUACACCUCCUCUUUAUUCCAUAGGCCAACCUGUGAGACCCUUGCAUUUGAGUAUGGCUCAUAAAAUUCACCAUUCUCAAAGCAUCAAUGGAGGUCAUCCAAAUAAGGACAGUUAAUUCCAUCUAAUUUAAUGACCCAAAAGCAUGAGAGGUACAAGAAGGAGAUUUUCUUUCAAGCAAAUGCAUUGUGGCUCAAACAAGGAAUUCAUGGAAGCUAAGAGGAUGUAGUCUUCAAUUGCACCAGUUAAUUCUGAUCAAUCUACCUUACAUUUGGAGCGGACAAUCUUUCUCACCAGGUUCAUAAUCUUGCUCGAGGUGAGCAGACUGGAAAUGAAUUAAUUCGCCAAAUUUGUAUUGCACUGUAGAAUCUUUGUUGCUGUGUAAAUUAUUGAUACUGGUAAGAUAAUAUCAUUGUGUGCAGAAAUCACAUAUAUAUUUUGAUUCAGCAUAUUAAGAAUGUGACCGAAAAUUGAAGAAAAUGCUUGAAAACAUGAUUUAUUUUCAA